ACACACACAAUUUGAGACGCUUCCCUAAGCCCUGGUGCAUCCGUGUCCUGCGCGUAAAACUCGCUCAAUGUCCGGUACUUAUUUACAACUUGUUUGAAAGACACAGUGUAUUGUAAGUGUAAUUAACUGACGCUAACUGGCCUCGAGAGGACGUGGCGCUCCAGUCCAGGCGAAGGCGGACAGUCAGCUGGGGAGGGCACGUGUCAGUCUCACUCCGCCUUUAUAACAGCGCGCAACCCGCAGCCUCCGGGAAUAAAACGCGCGGGUCAGACGGAGUAUAAGCCACGCGUGACAGAAAGUUACGAUUUAUUUUCGACUUUUUUCUGAUUUUUCUGCGGAAAUGGACAAACUGCAGGACGGGAAUUUCAGCUCGGCUAACAGCACCUUGAACAGACGACCGUUUCUGGGGAAAGGCGCAUAUCAGCACCUGCAGCAGGGCGACCUGAAAGUGCUGGUGCCGGUAGGACUGGGCGUCAUCUCUGUCCUGGGCUUCAUUGCAAACGCCACCGCGGUGGGAGUGCUGGUGGGCAACGCGCGCAAAAACAAGCUCUCUCUGAUCAACGCGCUCAUUCUCAACCUCCUGAUGGCUGACGGUUUGCUGCUGGCUGUCGCCGUCCCGUUUAAAGCCACCGCGUACUCCCGCGCCAGCUGGACUCUGGGUUUAGCCUUGUGCAAAACGUGCGACUGGUUUGUGCAUUCCUGCAUGGCGGCAAAGAGUUUCACGGUGGCCAUCAUGGCUAAGGCAUGCUACAGGUACGUCAGUAACCCGACCAAGCAAGUCACGAUCCGCCUGAAGACCAUCGUGGUGGUGCUGCUUUUCACAUGGCUCUUGGCUUGCGUCCUCCCGCUCCCCCACUGGCUCUUCACGUCGCUGCAGAAGGAAGAGGGUGGACUGCUGUGUGUACUCGAGGUGCCACCAGAAGCCCGUGAGUUUAUGUCCUUUUACGUGAAGGCAUACCCACUGCUGGCCUUUUGCGCACCACUUGGCUUCGCGCUGCUGUACUUCUGGCGCGCUUACGGCCGAUGCCAACGCCGCUGCAGCAAGACGCAGAAUCUGCGAGCACAGAUCCGGUCGCGCAAGCUUACCUUGAUGCUGUUCGGCCUGACCGUAGCCAUGGCCACCAUGUGGCUGCCACAAUGGGUGUCGUGGGUGUGGAUGAGGCACGCAGCGGACAGUAACGUCCCCAUGCCGCCCGUGCUGUUCGCCGUUGCAGCACAGUUCGUCAUGUUUACCAUCUCACUAGCCAACCCGCUCAUAGUGCUCGCGCUGUCUGAGGAAUUCCGAGAGGGAUACAAGGGCCUGUGGCGGCGUCUCACGCUGCGCAAACACGCUCCCAAGCCGCAACCUAAACCCGGGCCGCACGCGCCCACUGCGCCCAGGUCGCCCACCCCGCGACCCGAGGCUUCCGCCCACCUUCCUCCGAGGAAUACAGACGAGUCCCGAGCCGACAAGCAGCAGCAGCAAGAGGAGGAGUGUUCCGGUAACGGCAAUAAAGAUGGCCUGGUGCCGCCGGAUGUGGAGCAGUUCUGGAACGAGCGCGAGAGCGGCUCCAUGUCUCAGGAGAACGACCCCAUACCCUGGGAGCAUCAGGACCACAAAGAGGACAAGCAGUAGUCGAAACCACUACCUGAGAAGCAACACACAGCUGUCACACAAACAACAGGAAGCUCAGCAGCUACAACCACUGACCUCACGCAAACUCCACACACAGGCCAAUGAACACAAUUGGACAAAUAGCGCACUGCAUCUAAGUUGACGUCAAUAUUCCACACCAUACACACAGUGCAUUCAUGUACCCACUAAAAGAUGACCAUAACACCAGCAAACUAUAGGGCUUCACAAACAAGGUUCCAGCAGAGACGCACACACCCCAAGUAUCCCUGAAAGAUUGUCCCACCAGUACCAUUUGUGGACAAUAUUUAUUACACUCACCUUGUUAUCUGUCAUAAUAUAACUUGAAAAUGGUUUGUUUUGUUGGCUAAAGGUUCUGUAGAGAAAUGUUUUGUGUUAUAUUUUGUGAUUCUGAUAUGUAAAGAGAUAAUGCUCUACAUUUACACCUUAUCUGACUUCUUGCCUGAUGUUAAGAAGCUGUAAAUAGCACAUUUCUGGAUUGGAAAGUUAGCAAAUUCCUUGUACAAUUCUCCAAAUAUUGUGAAUGUAUUUCCACAAAUAGAACUAUUUCACCUGUAAAAUAUGAGGAAAUGUUUUGUAUAUGUAUUUGCGCAAAAAUAAAUGAUGUUCCAGAUCAAUCUGAAAGCAUGGC